AUGUGGCUUCUGUCAACCGAUUCACUCAAGCUCGUCUACUUCGAUCGCGUCGACGCGAUCGAAGGCGGAUACGCCAUCCUCUCCCAUGUCUGGGACGACUCCGAGCAGUCUUUUCAAGACAUUCAGAAGCUUUGCUCCGAAGGUGUAAGCUACGAUUCUACCGGCGACGGCGACCACUCGGAUGGCGCGAACCAGGCCUUAAAGAAUGCGACCCCUCCCAUUUCUAACAAAAUCCAUGGAUGCGUGAAGACGGCCAAGGCGCACGGCUUCGGCUGGCUCUGGAUCGAUGCCUCUUGCAUCGAUAAGACGAGUAGCGCGGAGCUCUCAGAGGCGAUCAACUCGAUGUUUAGCUGGUACGAGAAGGCCUCCGUUUGCUACGCCUACCUCGUCGACGUCCCGAAAUCCUGCGUCCUCCACUCCCCAAAAUCCGCUUUCCGCACAAGCAGGUGGUUCUCCCGCGGUUGGACCCUACAGGAGCUCAUCGCGCCACGUUGCCUAGUCUUCAUGUCUUCCGAAUGGACAUAUCUCGGGACGAAGGCUUCCCUGGCGCCCCUCCUCUCGGAAGUCACCGGUAUAGAUGUCGAAGUCUUGACGUUCCGCCGGGAGCUGCGGCAGGUCAGCGUCGCGCGUCGCAUGUCAUGGGCCUCCGGACGGGAGACUAAACGUGUCGAGGACGAGGCAUAUUCGCUCAUGGGACUGUUCGGAAUCACAAUGCCCACGAUCUAUGGGGAAGGCAGGAAAGCCUUCCGGCGGCUACAGGAGGAGAUCAUGAAACAAUCCCCAGACCAGAGUCUCUUCGCAUGGGGAAGAGCUCUGCCGCCCGUACGAGAUAUCCCAGCGAUCCCGGUCCACAUCCAGAUCCAGAACGUCCCGUCAUCGUCUCCGUUCGUCCUCACGCUCCUGCCCCCCUUCCACCUCUCACUCCCGCUCGCGUUCCAGGCCCCCCUCCUCGCCUUCUAG